AUGGGCAUGCUGAAAAGCUCGUUUUCCGCAUUGAUCAAGAAAAAAAGGCAGCGAUCUAGGGGAUACAAGCAAACGGGGCACCAUUCCAAUGGUUCCUUCAAGGCUCUGGAGGAUUACUUAAUAGAAGACACGCAAUUUAACACGAGUGGUGGUGCAGCGGGUGACUCAAAAGGUGCCCUACAAAAUGGCUCGAAUUCGGGUUCCAAAGACGCCCAGCUGAAUGAAAAAGUAGCUAAUGCGAAACUAACUAGCGCAAAGCCGCAAAACGGACAGCAGCCACCUACGCAGAAAGGUAAAAAAAAGGGAAAGUUAAAGCGAAUAAUACAUAACACUAUCUGUCUAUUCAAGCCACAAAAAUUAAGGAGAUCAAUAUCGGAAGAAAAAAAAGUAAUAGAACCGGAAAAAAUAUUAAACGUUAAGUUCGUCCCAAAUAAUAAGCCAACCGAUAAUCCCCCCCAGAGUGUUGUAACUCAUAAGAAGAGCAUCCAAGUGAGCAAAAUUGCAGAAGUUAAAAAACAAAUUGUCACUAAGAAUGUUAAAAUAAUUCCAUUGAAGAAACCUGUCCCAGUUGUAUUCAAUAAGCCCAUAAGUAAAAAAAUUGAAUUGAAGAAAAAGACCUCCGAGGAUAAAUCGAAAAAAAGUGUGUCGUCUCUGCCAUGCAAUGAGCCAUUCGACAGGUGCUGCAGGGCGGAAAUAAACAAAUGCGAAAUUCCUCGACUGCAGGAAUUAUUUGGGCAAAUGAGAAAAGGGAGUGACUCCACGGAGGUGGAUGGAGAAGAGGCGGCAGUCGACCAGGGGGAUGAACCCGUUGGCAGGUGCAGCAUGUUGGAGGAUAGCACCCACAGUAGUAGCGGUGCAAGCGAUGGUAGCGAUAUUAAUGGUGAAAGUGAUGAAAGCAUAAAAAGCGCUGAAAACUGUAAAAACCAUGGUAGGAAUGCCCCCCAAGGAAAUAAAAUGAACAUUUUUAAUAACCUACUACAAAGUGUAAAACCCUGUAGAAGCUACAACAUGGAUGUGAGCCACCCAUUGUACAACUUCCUGUGCAAAAAUGAAGACUCCUUCUUAAGUUCCAACUGGCACGAUCGAAUCAAUUACGCCUUCCGAAACAUAUGGGCCUUAAAGGAAUAUAUGCACGAUGAGAAAAGUGAGGGCGAAAGAGAAAAGGAGUUUUAUAACGAGCUAGAAUUAUUUCACAUGUCCAGCAAAAUAGGGGCCUGUGGAUUAAUAUACUCUCUAUUUUUUAGCAAGCAAGAAUCGGAGAAUGAUUCAAUAAGUUAUUUUAAAAAAUGUUUUGUCCAAGUGUCGAAGGAGAACUAUCCUCAUAUUUACAAAAUAUACAAACCGAAAUUUGACGACGAUUUAGUUUUCCUAUUUGACAGUCUUGUCUUUACGGUAAUAUUGGGGAGUAGAAGGAAUGGCAUAAAUUAUAACAUGGCUAGAAAAAUAUACAGCAAUGAUAUGAAGGGGAAGAAGGUUCUAUGUGAUUGUAUAUUUAGUCUGAAAAACGGUUCGAAGUUUUCCCUACCUGUGGCUAGCCAAAUUGAUUUCAUGGGGAUGCGCGUCAUUUCGGAACCACUAAUGCCGUUAAGUGAGGCCUACCCCGCUGUAGAUGUGAUUAAGGACAUAUUUAGGGGGUUCGCAUUUAGCAAUUACAUGAGUGAUGGUGGUGACAAAAAUGAGGGUGACAAUGAGAAUGACCACCUCCACAGUGGUGAGCAGACAAUGAAGGGAACAACCCCAAAUGAAUGUAUGAACCGACCUAACGAGGAAAAACACCUAAAGAAGAAAAAGGAAAAGGUGUUCUAUGAAAGGCUCCUGUUGGAAAUGCAAAACUAUGACCACGAGUUGUACCAGCAGAUAAGGCAAAUGAGUGAUUCUAUGAAUUACCACUGUUGCAUUCUCCCCUUUGGAUUCUCCAACUAUUACAAAUGUAAAAUAUUUAAAAAGAGAAACAACGUAAAAAUUUUCAAAUCGCUAAUUGAUAAUCUGUUCAUUGUAAGAGGGGCAGAAGAGGUACUCCCCCCAUAUGUUGACAAUUCUACUGGAGGAAAUUUCACCAAAAGGAUAAGAUACGAAUUCAUAAAAAAUUACUAUGAGCACUCAUUAACUAAUACUACCUUAGCUAUAGACAUUAGGAAUUAUAAAUUAAAAAAGUAUAAAAAUAAUGUAGACCUUUUGAAGGACGCUACUAGGGAAUGUCUCCACAACAUUGAAAAUUAUAUUUUACCCAAAGUUGUAAAUAUCAUCUCAAAUUUCAGUGACAGUUUUGACGUCACGCAGGUUUAUCAUUCCCAUGGGGUUAACAUGCAUAACUUGGGUUACCUACUGAGCAAUGAUAGGGACAUUUCCCCCCCGGAGUUCCUCUCAGAGGUUAUCUGCAGGGAAAUUAUUUGCCGCACGUUGAAGUCCAUAUAUUAUGAGCACAUACAUUCGUUUCUGUUGGGAACAUUGGGAGGAAACAGAAAAUGUAGCAGUGGAAAUCCUAAAGGGAGUAAUCACCACUGUUCUGAUAAUGCUUACCAUGUGUCCCCUUUCAUUAAUGAGCAGAAUGAACACCAUUAUGACGGCGCCAGUGAUAGUAGCAGGCAGAGGACACCCGAACAAUGCAACAAAUUUAUCUGCUUCUGCGAAAGGUGUUUCACGGAGUGGAAUUAUUUUCCCGAGUUUGUGCCACAUAAAUUUCUAAUUCGGUUGGUAAACUUAACCCUAAAUGUUAGGACAGUAGAUUCACUGCAGUUCUGGCACCAGGUGUUAAUUCCCGAAUGCAUGAGGAAAUUUAAAAUCAACCUAAACGACCAUAUUAAUAUUAAGGAGGUGGAAGUUUACGGACUGCUAGUCUGCAUUGAGUACCACUUGGGCGUCUACUUUAACAAGGAGUGUAAGAGGAAUUAUAAAGUCAGGCUGCCUCUAACUUUGGAGGAUAUGUCUUCCUUUGACUCAAAGAAGGAGAGCGUCCUGUUUCCGAAUGUUGCCCACCUGAGGGAGGUUUGCGAAUGGGGCGGUGAACCGGAGAUCGGAGACGCAAGCGAAGCGGUUACUGAAAUAUUUGGCGACCAAUGCUCUGACGAACCAAACGGUUCAAAUUCCUUUGGGUAUAUGCGCGAAACAGGCAAAAGUGACAACCGUGCAGGGAAGCGGGGACACGUUUACAAGUCCCCCUACAGGGGUGUCACCACGGUCACACAAAACAGCGCACGCAGGAGUUACAAGAGUUCAAGUCAUAGUGUAAGUGGAGACUCGAAAAGCGGACCUACGUGGGAGAAAAGAACAAUCACAAGCAAUUACGAUGAUAGUUCUCUCCCCUCAAUCAACAGUAGCAGCGAAGUUAGACACCAAAACGUGUACUCCUUGGUUGACAAAAUACGCAGAAAAAAAUGGAUAUCCUUACGGAGAAGUAACCGUGCUGGAGAGAAACAUAAAAGGGAGCUUACACCUAGCACCAGCGUGGGGAGUUGUAUAAGGGAAGACAUCCCUCGCAGAGUGCACCAGUGUAGUAAUUUCCAAAGGAGUAAUAUUGCUCUGUUUUAUCCCAAGACAAAGGGAUGCUUUCCGAAGUAUGCCACGUGGAGUUUCAAAACGGUGGAAAAGCUAAUAUCUUCAAAUAUUAUGAUGCAGGAAAAAUAUAAAGUAAAAAAUAUGCUAAAGGAAAAUAUUGUCAACAUAAUACACCCGAAAAAUAGCGACUUUUUACAGAUGAGCAAUAUAUGCACAGUAGGUUCAUGCAACAAAAUCAAGAGCUUUGUCCAUGAGUAUAAUAUUCCUUGCCACCCCUACUGCAUACUGAAUGAAAAAAUGAAAUGCAUAAAUUAUGUUAGGGCUAAGAAGUGCAUCUAUCUCCUUCUAAAUGUUAGUCUGGAUAAAAACAUUUUCGAAUUAUCCAAACAGUUCUUAUUUUUGGCCUAUCUGCAUUUCGAGCAUGGCUAUGUGAAGAAGUGCUUAGACGUUUGCUACUACAUUUAUGGGGUUAUUCCUAACAUAGGGACGAUAAGGAGGGACAUACUAGUGCUAAUCCUUCAGUGCAAAGUGAAGGAGGGGAAUAUAGAUGAUGCGCUGAUCAUUUACAAGCUCAUCGUCAUUUUUAACAAAUUUUAUGAGGGACAUGAGAACAGCGUCCACACGCUUAUUUGUAACGUUCUCAUGGCUAGCUACUACUAUGAUAGGGCAAAUGAGAGCAGAGGGAAAAGUACCCGCGGGAGGGGCAUCUGUGACAAAGGGUGGGAGGAUUUCCUCGGUAACCUUCCCAGUGCAGAGCGCAGAAAUCACAACCCGGGUGAUUCCCAAGUAGGGGAAGCUACCACAGAUGAGGAAUGCGUAAAGAACAAGUUGUUGCUAGACCAAGUGGACCAUUUGGAGGUGAAGAAAAAGUAUUUACUGAAAGCCUUGCACUAUGCGGAAGAAAGCUAUAGAGCCAUUUCGACGACGCUUUGUGAUAUUUCUAAGCAUUACGUCUGCAUAUUUGCACUAAUGCUACAGGGGAAUAUUUUAAUGGGGCUACACAAAUUCCAGAGCGCGAUAAAGUACUACACGAUAUCGCUGCAGAAUUGUGAACGAGCCAAACUGCCCAACUUUGUUACGUUGCAAAAUAAAUGCCUACUAGCGGACUCGUUAAAAAAUAACGGCAAUUAUGAUAAAGCCAUCGAAAUAGCAGAAGAGUGUUUAAAGGCAUUAAGCAGCUGCACACAGUCGUCACGCAGUCUAACGCUGUAUGUAAUUUUUCGGCUAGCUGAAAUGAAGCAGUAUAUCGGGUGUAGAGAUUUAAUUUAUCCAAAUAUCUUCCUAGACAACAUUCCCAAUGCUAACAUUAAAAAAAAAAUUACUGCUUCAGAUUUUUUUAUUUUUGAAAAGAACUACUUAAAUGAAAAGAAUAAAAAGUAUAGAAAGGAGGCAAUUGACUUGUACAUAAAAUUAUACGAUAUGUUAAAAAGCCAGAAGAACUACAACCUCGUUUUUGCUAAAGACAUUUUCGGGUGCUACUACACCAAGGAUGAUUUGUUACCCCACCAGGAUGUGAAAACAGACAUGCACGAAGAUGAUAUGGAAAAAAUAUUCCUAGUGAUAAGGGAGAUCCUCAGAAUAAAGGUAAUUUCGUUAAGCAUGAAGAAGCAGUUCAUGUUGGCUUCUAAACUGUUGGCCAUCGUGCUAACGAAAAAUUCUUCCCCUUUUGUAAGAGAACUGACGCUGCUAAAAAGGGGGUACAAAAAGAAUCUAUCACAUGGUAAGUUCCACCCUGAUGAGUGUAGCCCCACAAUGGUACAGCCCAGCGUGACAAAAAGGGAAGACCAUUUGGAUAGCUCGCCGUACGACCAUAAUAAUGACCAAGUGUAUAUAACCGAUCUGCUUAGUGAUGUUCACACAAAUGGCCAGAAAAAAUAUAUCGGAAAAACUUUACCCUUCCAACUGGGCGAUUUCCACCAAAGUAGGCAAAGCAAUUUCUUCCACAGAAGUUGUUACACACACGAAUAUGACUACGUAUCUAUCGAGAAGCUCCUCUUCGAUGACACCUAUUUCGUCGUAGAAGACAUAUGCAAAUGGUGCUACUUAAAAUGUGACACAUAUAAUAGUAAGCAAAAAGUUGGGGAAGAAACCAAUUCGACUUACUUUCUAAACCCUAGUAUAUGGUUUGACUUACUUUUCUUUUCCGUCAUGAAAGGCACUAGUAGUCAUACCGAACUGCUCAUCCUCAUCGACCUGGUUAAAUUUUUCUUAACGCCUUUGCAAAAGCAGCUAAUUUUAUUUCGUGUCAAAUCGUUAAGCAACAUUAGCGGAAAUGAGCAGUACUCCGACUAUAUACAGCACUUGCUAAAUAAUGAGGGGAAGGAAAUUUUGCGUAUUAUGAAUAUCCUGGAUGGCGAAAAAAAUUCAGGCAAUUUGUGUGUAGGUGAAUACGCAAAUCUUUCCAAUUUGCACAAAAAGGAUGUGGUAAAAAAUGUUGACUAUUUGUCUAACAUAGUUGUCACCAACCCCUGGCUCAUGGCGCCUUCCAAUACAUUUGACAGCGCAAGGUGA